GAUCACAUUUUCAAGAUGGCCGCGCCCACGGUGAUCGAUCACCUCUCGACUGUCCGCCAUGUCAUCCUGGUGCUGUCAGGAAAGGGAGGGGUAGGGAAGAGCACAGUUGCCACCCAACUGACACUUGGAUUACGAGCUGAAGGAAAGAAGGUUGGCCUGCUGGAUGUGGACCUCUGCGGCCCCAGCAUACCACGCAUGUUUAAUGUGGAGGGCAAUGAAAUCCAUCAGUGUCCAGAAGGCUGGUUGCCGGUGUACGUGGACAAGGAACAGAAGAUCGGCAUUAUGUCCAUUGCCUUCCUGCUCAACAACAGGGAUGAUGCUGUUGUGUGGAGGGGUCCCAAGAAAAACGCCAUGAUCAAACAGUUUCUGAGUGAUGUGUACUGGCAUGAUGUGGAUUACCUGAUCAUCGACACCCCGCCUGGGACGUCCGACGAACACAUCUCCGUGAUGGAGGCCUUGAAGAAAUACAACCCAGAUGGGGCCGUGCUAGUCACUACACCACAGGCUGUGGCUGUCGGAGAUGUGAGGAGAGAGCUGACAUUCUGCAGGAAGACGGGGAUCCCUGUGAUCGGCAUCAUAGAGAACAUGAGUGGCUAUGUCUGCCCCCACUGUGCUGAAUGUACCAACAUCUUCUCCAAGGGUGGAGGAGAGUCAUUAGCCAAGCAGAGUGGAGUACCUUUCUUAGGCACAAUCCCACUGGACCCCCAGCUAACGGCUAGUCUGGACCAGGGCAAGAACAUUGCAGACGUGUACAAGGACUCCCCAUCCCUGGGGGCUAUUCAGGGAGUGGUGAAGAAACUGAUGAAGGUGGAUGAAAAUCUGCCAUGACAGCAACACAAGCCAAUCAGAACCUCCAAUAUAUUCCAUGCAGAGCUGGCAUUCACUGCAGAAGUGGUUAUAGUGCUGUCCAUGUGUAUACAGUACAUUCCUGUGUUGAUGUGCAUGGCAGAUCGUGCGGUCUCUCGUCACACCCUGUGAUGAUGUUAACGUGUAGUUUCUUUCCACAUCAUAUGGUGCUCACAUUGUUAUUAAGAGCAGGACCUCAAUAGGGUGGCCAUAGAAACUAUAGGGGCACUUGAAUAGGUAUCAGUAUUGUGAUACCUAACAGUGUUAGAAAUUGGCACUAGUCCUGUAGUCCUUGCCAAAUUGCCCAAUAGUCAAGGUAUCAUAAGGACUUGUAGAAAUUUGCCCUUUUUAAGUGUUUUGCUAUAUAUAUUAUCAUUAUAAGGACUAGUGGACUAAAAUUGUUAGUUUCUAUCGCUACCUAACAGUACCCUUGUGAUGACCUGAUAUAAAUUAUCCAUUGAACCAACCAUAAUCUAAAUAAGAAUUGUAAAAUGAAUUGAAGUGUGUGCUGUAAUCUGAUUUGGUGAAAAUUGUUGUUAAAUUACAUUGGAUCCCGGAAAUUGUUCACAUGAAUACGUUGUGGAGAAGUUACUUAUUUUCUCAGUCUUGAAUUUUAAAAGAAAUAUUCAAAAUUGAUGUCAUGUUAAUUAUAUGUUAAGUUUGAUGACUAAAUAUCAGAACAAAUUCAAUUCUGCUGACCAGGAUGGUUUGGUCAUCACAAAAGCAUGUGAUAUCAUUCAUUGUAUUGACAUAGCAUUCCAGUGUGACAUCAUAGCAUUCCAGAUUGAUUGCGGGUUCACGUAGGGAGAGAGUGAUUCAGAAAUAUUUUAUAGUAUGACUCUAUAUUAUCACGGGCUCUAUAUUAUCACUGUAUCGCUAAAUCUUGUAAUCUACAUCCCCUAUCUACUGUUUACUUAUGCAAAACUAAGCACAAUUUUUCAUCAUGGCUACUUGUAAGUAUACAUGUCAGGAAUGUUUUUGAAGUGGAAUUACCCCUACCUACAUUCGAAAUUGGUUAGAAAAGAAUCCGCUUGUUUGGACGAUGUCCUUUGACACAACCUAGGUUGUAUGAAUACUGAUUAUGCAUAAUCCCAAACAGGAAGUGAUGUAAACCACAUAAUCCUCACAUAUCACACAAAAUAGUGAUACCGCGAUAAUGCAGAGUUGUCCGCCCUUGAGUCGCCAAUGACAGGUACUUUGUUUACUGAACUCGGUAAAGAAAACCAGCAUCAAUCAAUCCUAAUAGAAUAAAGAACAAGAAACAUUUGCGUAUGACAUAGUUAAUGUGUUAGUAAACAUUCACCAUAAUGAUGAUCCAUUAUAAAUUAACUACUGCGAUAACAUAGCAUACCAUGCUAGCAUGCAAUGUUGAUAAACAAAAUAUGUUUCAGGAUUUGCAGGGUAAUUGAGUAUUCUACAUCGUGAUAAUUAAUUUGUUUAUCUCUUAAACUUAUGUGUUUUAUUUAUGACUUUAUCUAUUAUCUUGAAAUGAUAAUCAUUGAGAUUCUAAUAAUUAGAACCAUCAGUUGAUUUAAGCAUAACAUCACCUUAGAAAUAUCUCCUUACCAUCAGGGGGCACGGGUGGCCCAGUUGUCUAAGGCGCCGCAAUUCGCUGUGCAGAGUUGCGUCCCUUGGCAAGCCAGAACUUUAUGAUUGUGGGUUCGAAUCCCGGUUCACCCCGAUUAUGUUUGUUAGCACCAUACCUGUGCUCGUGGGUUUCACCGAAGUGGUAAAUGUCUGAGACCUGCAUCACUUCCGGCUUUCCUCCCACAUUAAGCUGACAUGCGGUGAUAUAGCUGGAAUACUGUUAGCGGCGUUAAACCCAACUCACUCACUCACUCUCUUUACCAUCAUGAUCAUAAAACAAGAACCCAAGAGCAAAAUUUGUUUGUUGGUUUUUUGGUUGUCUGCAAUGGUGUGGGAUGGGAGUGAGUACAUGGAACAUGUUUCCUCACAACUGGUAAGGAGUAUCUUUACGUGUGACCAGCGUUAACUGAACCUUUAUUUGCAAGGAGACAUAAUGAACAGUUGGGACUAAGUGAAUACAGCCUAUGGUGAUUAAGCCUGGAUGACUAAGGAUUACUAUCAAACAGUAUUAUUUAAAAUAUAUUGCAGCUUGGAUGUAAAUUGGGAGCUUCUUUGCUCUUCAGGAUGUCUGCUGGAAUGGUUUAUGCACAUUCACUUUCUCUGCACACUUCGAACUGUCAUGAAUCAUGAGUGCUUUUGUCUGAUAUUUUAUGGCAAACUAUCACCCAUAUAAAUGUCUCAGCUAAGAACCAUUGGCUUAAAGUCAAACCGUCAAAGAUAAAAUGUUACUGGCUUAAAAAAAUAAAAGAAUAGGUUCUCAGGCAAUGACUUUUGAAAAUAUAGUGCAGGUAGGUGGUGUUUUUUCGUUGUUGCUUGUUCAAAAUAGUAUGUAACCAAAUAAACAGUUGUGUACCAUCAUCCUGGGAAACGGUCUCCCUACAUAUACAAGCAUACAAACUCCUAUUGCAUCCAUCACCAUAACGCGAGAUGUGCAGUGAAGCAGUUCGCAUGUAAAGGGAAGUAACUGCAUGCAAUUUGGAUAGCAUUUUUUUAAGUAUUAGGAUUUUUUUUGAUUUUUUUUAAAUCGAAAUAAAAACGAAACGUGUGGCAGACUUUAUGAUGAUGCGGGCGGUGCCUGAGAACCAAGACUAAUAUUUUAUUUUGCCAUAUAUGGAACAAAAAUGGAUCCCAUUUUAUGACAUUCCACAGAGCAGAUUGGGAGUCCUGCAGCCAGGUUGUUCAUACUGUAUCACUGCCGUGUUCCCUGUCGUUAUGGCACUGUGUCAUCAUUAGUGGAAUGUUGCUUAUGUUAGAAUUUGAGGGAAAUACAUAAAUCAUCUUCCUGAGGCAAGAGAGUUAACUGUUUGUAAAUGUCCAGUUUCCACCCUUGCCAAACUGGGCUGGAAUUUUUAGGCUCGAUCAUAGCGCCACCAGUGAAGUGAUGUCCCUUCUUAGCCUCUCCUAUUGACCAAUCAGAUUCCACCUCACAUAUCACUUGCAUUUGCUUCUAAUAAAAAUGGUGUGGCCUAGUGAAGACGAUUUGAUCGAUAAUCAAGAUUAUUGUAAUAAACCGGGUCUUAUUUUUGUGAAGUGCAUCAAAUCACAUGAACACCUUGAUUAAAAACAUGCACAUUUUCGUAAAUAUCUGUUGAUGAUAAGUUGUCGGUACACAUGUUUUGCAAAUGUGAUCAGCCGGAAUCUGCACAUCAGUUUAUGAACCGGAUGUUGAUUUCGUUACACGAUUUUAAUUGGACUCUGCAUUGAUUCAUUAGUCCAGCCAAAAUAUAACUCCAUAAUUCCAGCCUAGUAUCACAACAGGUGGAAACUGGACUUCUAUUGUCAGUUAUCUCCCUUGCCUCGCGAAGAUGACGUAAAUGGACAAAUUAUCUAUUGCAAGUAAAAUAGCACGCUAACUUAUAUAUACCAUGAUAUGAAUCAAGAUGUUUUCUUAUAGAUAAAGGUUAUAUCCUGUUCUAUAUCGUAAUUAAAUAAUAGAUUAAAUAAUAUUUUAGAAUUACAUAAACAUAAACGAAAAAUAAUCUUUACUGCAGAUCAGCACACAUCCCUGAAUAAAACUGAAAUCUUGUUCAUACAAACUGUCGACUAUUUUCACUCCCCUUGUCUUCUGAGUUCUGAGAGCUCCAAUAUUUACAGUGAUUCCCAAGACUUUUGAGUUCAAGGUGUCACUGUAUUUGGUACUAUUUUCUGAAUUGAACACAUUAAUGUUUUGGAAUUUAAUUCUGUGCACUGAAUUUUGCCAAAUGAAGAUUUGCUGCUGAAUAUCAGUCCAUGGAAAAGUGUAGAAAAUCAACUUUGUGUGAAACCAUAAUUAAUUUUGUGUGUGUAAACAAAUAACACAAAUAGCGAGUACUUUGUUAUUCAUAAAAGUGUCAUAUCUUAAUUUUCCUACAACUUCUGAAUGUCUAUCAAGGACUUGAAAUCGAAUAAUAGUUGAAUAAUUGAUACUUUUCGUGAUCUAAGCGGAUCAGUUGAUUGGAAAUUAGUUUCAACACUAUAUUAAAAACCCACCAAGUUUGUAAAUGAAAUCUAGUUGAGCUUGAUGUCCAAAUGGAGCGAGGAUCACAAUUCUGAUACAUGGAAUAAUUAGACGAUGCAUGUGGUGGUGUUGAUAUCACUGAAAUGUACAAGUAUUGUUAUGUUUGUCUAUAGCUGGCCAUGAAGCAUUAGCAUGAAAUAUACCACUCAGCUUUUGGUAGGGAUGAUCACAUAUGUCAUGCUAUUCAAAUAUACGUUGGCAUUAUGAGAAUCAGUUUUGUGUCUCUUGGAAAGAUAAAAAUAUUCCUAUAAAAAAUCGAAUAGGAGGAGACUUUGACCUACCUUUUCCAGUGAUCAAUACUCACUUGGGGGAAUAAAUCAUGCUCUGCUAACAGUAAAAUCCUGCAGGCCACAUUCCAACAAGUGGUGUCCCAUCCUUGUGGUUACUGGUGACGUCACCCUGUCCGUUGCUAUAGCAACAUGUUGGUGCUACUGUAGAAUAUGUGCUUAGAAUUAGCAUAGGUGGAACUUGUGAAUGUAUAUUAGUAUCCACAUGUGGGUAUUUAGACACUGGUUGGUCUAAAGUUUAAUUUCAUUUGAAUGAAUCUUGUUGAAAUUCAUUUUUUACAUUAGGCCAGAUCAAUUUGCUUUGGGAGAUUUACUGAAACUCUGGACAGUGUUGCAAAAUGAUGAAGGCAAUAUAACAAAGUAACACUGACUAUUGUUCGUUUGGAAGGUAUACUACUCAAAAGAAGUUAAGGAACACCCAUAUUUUUCGUACGACUAGUUAAUCUGUCCUGACAUCUGUCUUUUUUCAUGACCUGCCAGAUUAACUAUAGGUGUAUGAAAAAAGCAGCAAGCAUGGUGUUCUGAAGACCAGUUCUAACCUGGAUCUUCAUGGUAUGAAACUUGGUGUCCAAAUCGGGACGACAUUGCCAAGCUGCCUUUUGUAUUCACGGGUGAUCGAGGAAUGUAGUGCACACAAACAAGUGAGUUGCUGCUAUAGGUUUCUUCCAGUUGAGUUUUACAGAGAACUUUGGGGUUUUGUAAUGAACUGACGGGCAGGAAUACACAACAAAAAGUAAGGCAAGAGACUUUUAUUGUCUGAUUAUGCCUAGAGGCAGGAGGUAAAGUAGAACAGAUGUGACUUGAAGUUGCCUUUCCUUUAAAAGUAAAAAAAAAAGUUCUAUCUGUUUAUCGAACAAAAAAAAAUUGUUU